AUGGGGCUACCAACCGAUACAGACGUUCCACGUAUGAUCAUACUCAAUUGGAUCAUAGUUUCACCAGGUUGCACAUCCCGAUACUUUCUAGAAGCUGAGGUUGUUUGUACAGGCAAGCAACUCCUUGCUUGGGUUGCAGAGAUCGGAAUGUCCGAACUACUACUGUUCGUACCUUCCAACAGUCGUUUCUCCUCAAGAUUGGAAAGGAUCAGAAAAAUUGAGCCAUGUGGGGGCAUGUCUCAGACUCUACAAGCAUUCCCCAACCCGCUCGAAAUGUCCCGGCCGCCCGACCGUGCAAGCGCCAGUGCUCAGUGCUGGGAAUAUGAACAGGCCACUGUUUGCCUUGUGCUGGGGCUCGAUCAUGGUCUGUUGCUCAAUGUCGAAAUCGGCAGGAUUCGAAUAUUACCCCACGGUUCAGAUUUAAGAACACAUUACUUCAGCCAACGUGUUGGACUGAGGGCAUCAAUGAGAACCGAGAAAUGA